AACUAAUUAAUCAUCUGAAAUGCCACGAUUGCCUUUGUUGAAACUGAUGUUUACCUCAAAUCAAACAUACACAGUUAACUUAGCUAAGUUAGCCCGGUGUGGAAAUAAUGAUUUGUGCUGCCACGUUAUAGUUAACGUUACUCUACAUUAAUUUAUUUUCAGCACAGUGAGCGAACUCGUAUUAAAAAUGAGCUCUGUUGUUAAACGCUUCAGAAAGAUGAAUGAAGCUCGGUCACAAAGCUGCUGCGGCAACGUGAAUGGUGCCUGCCUUUUAUUCAGUCAGAAAAUCGUUUGAAAGACUCAUUAUGGACUCUGUUAAGGUGCCAUUUGGGUCAAAGCAGCUGGAUGCAGCCUUGUGUUUUCCUGCCUCUGUGCAAGGUGUUCACACGGCCGUCAUUCUCACGCACGGGGCUGGUGGAGACAUGAACUUCAAACAUCUGGUUUCUCUGGCACGUGCCCUGGCUUCAGGUGGCUUCAUUUGUCUCCGUUUCACAUGCAAAGGGUUAAACUUGGGCUACAGAGUGAAGGCUUACCAUGCUGCAUGGGACUACUUGAAAUCACUACAGAAGUUUACCAUAAAGCACAUAUUUGUAGGAGGCCGGUCAAUGGGAUGUCGUGCUGCCGCAGCUUUAGCCAGGCAGCUGAGUGAUGACUCAGAGGAUGCAGUGCGGGGAGUCAUCAACCUCUCUUUCCCCCUGCACCCCCCAGGACAGACACAAGCCCAUCGACAACGGAGUGAAGAUCUCAGGGGGCUACCUGAACACAUGCCUGUGCUGUUUGUGUCAGGCACCGAGGACAACAUGUGUGACAGGGUUCUUUUUCACGGGAUGUUAAAAGAAAUGAAAGCUCAAGUUGAGGUUUUCUGGCUAAAAGGAGGCAGCCAUGGACUGACUGUGAAAGGAAGGUCUGAGGAUUCUGUGGUGGAUGAAGUGAAUUUACAAGUCCUCACCUGGAUUACGAAGCAGGGAGCAUAGAUUAAUUUAUAUUAUCUGUUUUUCUCCCACCUUUGUUUUGUUAUGUUUUACUAGUUAAAUAAAGGAUAUAUAUUUUUACACAA